AUGAAUUCUUCUGAGAAUCUGUGCACUUCAUCUAUCGACGCUUCUUUCGGCCCUUUUGUUAGCCCUGAAUGUCGCGAUGGCUUCGACUUCACUCUCGUCUUUGAACAAUCCAUUCUCGUGCUGUCUCCAGCCGCUCUUCUUCUCAUCCUCGCUCCCAUUCGUCUUUUUCGUCUGAGGAAUGUCCCCGUCAAAACAACUGGCCAUCGUCUUCGCACUGUCAAAUUGGCGUUGAUCGCUCUUUUGGCCGUGCUUCAUCUCGUGCUUGUCGUGCUUUGGGCUACCCUCCCGUCAAAUUCGCGUCUAGGUCGCGUUUCUGUCGCUGCUGCAUGUGUAUCAUUUGCCUCAAGCUUGAUGUCCUGUGUCCUCUCUCGUGCCGAACAUGCCAAAUCUCCUCGUCCAUCGUCUCUCCUGAGUCUGUUUCUCACCGUGUCUUUGCUCCUUGAUGUUGCGCUCCUUCGCACCCUCUGGCUUGUCCCUAUGAGUGCGGCCAUUCCAGCUGUUUUCACAGCGGCCUUUGCCCUGAAGGCGAUUCUUGUCGUUCUUGAAGGGUGGAGCAAAGCUCCAUAUCUUGUCGCCGGCUCCGGGGUCCACUCUCCCGAAGUCACGGCCGGACUAUACGCCCAAGCCGUUUUUGCGUGGGUGGCUCCGUUGCUGUUGACGGGAUUUAGCAAGCUUCUACAGCCAAUGGAUCUGUUUGAGCUGGAUGAGGACAUGGGCUCGGCGGGACUGAUUGACGGGUUUUGGAGGCAUUGGCAUAAUCAGAAAGCUCCGGCUCGCAAACACCGACUGAUCUCAUGUUGCGUCACGACACUGCGACGGUCUAUCAUUGCCGUUGUUCUUCCUCGCCUGGCGCUUCUGGCAUUCACUAUAUGCCAACCACUCAUUCUCAAUCGACUACUCGUAUUUCUCGACGAUACUUCUCAGUCUAUCAACAUUGGUUACGGUCUCAUCGCAGCCUACGGCCUCGUUUACUCAGGCAUUGCUUUUUCACAAGCACUUUAUUGGCAUCGCAACGCUCGAUCUGUCACGUUAUUGCGUGGAGUUUUGGUGUCUGCCGUUUUUUCCAAGGCAGCCGAUCUGAGCAUCACGACGACAGACGACUCGGCGGCCGUGACGCUUAUGUCCUCUGAUGUCGAUGUUAUUUUAAGGGCUGUCAGAGAGAUCCACGAGUUCUGGGCAAAUAUCAUACAGCUUGCCAUAGCUACUUGGUUGCUAAGCACUCACAUAGGCUAUGCUGCUUCAGGUCCCAUCAUAGUCUCACUCCUUGCCUUGGUUGCCACUGUUCUCGUUUCGGCUCUGGCACGCAAGUACCAGAUAUCAUGGCUAGACAAGACGCAGAAACGAGUUGGUAUUACUUCUGCCAUGGUUGGACAUAUCAAGAGCAUCAGAUGUUCUGGUCUAGCUCAGAACCUAUCAGACACCAUCCUCAACCUCCGAGCAGACGAGAUCAAAGCUUCACGACCAUUCAGAAUUGUUAGCAGCGUCACAUCCGCAAUUGCUCAAGUUCCCUUGCUCGUGUCUCCCGUCGCGGCAUUUGCUCUCUUCCAAGGGGUUGCCUCGGCUUCCGGCGAGACUCUUCAUGCUACUAGACUUUUCUCCGCAUUGUCCCUGAUCAUUCUCCUGGCACAGCCACUAUUCUUCAUGUUUGAGGUGAUUCUUGACAUGAGUGCUGCUUUGGGCUCCUUUGAAAGAAUACAAACUUUCUUGACUCAAGAGUCACGAAGAGAUCCUCGCCAACAACAAUCAGUUGUAGAGUCGAACACACCUGAUCAAGGAGAUAGAGAGUCUGUUGAGCUACAAAUACUGAGAGAGCCCUCAUUGCAAUCCACAGCAAACUCCAGUAUGAGCGAUGUUGUUAUUCAACUUUCCAACGCCAAUAUCUCAUGGUCAGAGGAUCGUGUCAUUCUUCGAGACUUGUCAUUUACCGUGGGCCGCAAUCAGUUCGUCCUACUGCUUGGCCCAGUUGCGAGUGGCAAAACCACUCUACUGAAAGCGCUGCUUGGGGAAGUUCCCUGCACAACUGGAUCAAUCAAUAUUCAUAGUAAGGGGAUUGCCUGGUGCGAGCAGAGCCCUUGGCUUCUGAACCAAACAAUUCGUAAAAACAUCAUCGGUUACUCUCACUUUGAUCCUGGCCUAUACCAAGCUGUUGUCAAAGCUUGUGAUCUAGAGAAGGACUUCAGUCAACUUGCUCAGGGUGACGAUACCGUCAUUGGCAGCAAGGGGCUGGCUCUCAGCGGAGGUCAGAAGCAACGAGUUGCUUUGGCCAGAGCUGUCUACUCAAAACCUCAGGUUGCUCUCUUCGACGAUGUCUUUAGUGGGCUGGAUAGCCAAACUGCCCGUACUGUGUUCGAGAACCUCUUUAGCGAACGAAGUUUGCUGAGGCAGUGGAAUACGACAACUUUGCUUGCGACUCAAUCAGUUGACUUUCUAUGGUCUGCUGACCACACCAUUUGUCUUAACAAUGACGGAGAAAUCUCCGAGCAAGGCAUAUUCUCCGAUCUCAAAGACACUGGUGGAUACGUGCAGUCCUUACUGAGAGACAGAGUCCAUGGGGUGGAAGCCUCAGAGUUUGCAACUGACGAUAUCAAAGAACAUACCACCAAGCCAGCGCAAACGGCUUCAAAACAACAAGCUAAUGAAGGUGAUUCACGUAGACAACGCGGAGACUCAACUGUAUAUCGAUAUUACUUCAGCAGCACUGGCGGUCUUUUCAUGGUAGUUCUUCUCGUACUGGAGAUAAUCUGGGCUUUUCUAGAAAGCUUCCCAACAAUUUGGCUGAAAUUUUGGUCUGAUGAUAAUGCAAAUGGAAACGACCGAGCGGGUUACUACCUUGGUAUCUAUGCUGCUCUUCAGGUCACCGCAGUCGUCUGGUUCGCAGUUCUUAUAUGGUUUGUUAUUGUCUUGGUAGCAGCAAAAUCCGGAAGAGCUUUGCACAAGAGACUAUUGUCUACUGUAAUCAAGGCGCCCUUAUCCCUUUUUACCACGACAGACCUGGGGUCCAUCACAACACGAUUCUCGCAGGACAUAGGAAUGGUAGACAACCACCUCCCUCUUGGUCUCGUUGUGACUCUCGCUAGUUUCUUCGGUGUCAUCGCCAAAGCCGGCCUCCUCGCCUCCUCGAAUCCCUACAUAGCAGCUACCUUUCCUCUUCUAGGAGCCGUCUAUUUCUACCUUCAGCGUGGUUAUCUCCGUACCUCUCGUCAACUGCGUCUUCUCGAUCUCGAAGAGAAAGCCCCUCUGUACACCCAAUUCCUCGAAACACUGUCCGGUCUAGCAACCAUACGAGCCUUCGGAUGGAAAGAUGCAGUUAUAGAAGCCAACUACACUCUCGUAGAUCGCUCACAGAGGCCUUUUUAUAUCCUCAUGAUCGUUCAGCGCUGGCUCGUCCUCGUACUCGAUCUGACCACUGCGGCUCUGGCUCUUCUUCUUGUUGGUCUCGCCGUUCGCCUUCGUGGGGCGGUCGAUGUAGGUUUAACGGGUGUAUCUCUCGUACAGCUGGUUUCUUUGAGUGAGACUGUCAACAUUCUUAUUCAGUUUUGGACUUCUAUUGAGACGUCCAUUGGUGCUGUAGCUCGCAUUAAGCAAUUCGCCGAAGAGACUGGCGAGGAGAACUUACCAGGAGAGACACACGAGCCACCAGUACAGUGGCCUGACAAGGGCGCUAUACAGAUCAACAACUUGACGGCAUCGUAUGGUGAUGGCGAUGGAGACGCUAUUAAAGCUCUUGAUGCAGUCAGUUUGGAGAUCAAGGGAGGGGAGAAGGUAGGUAUUUGCGGUCGCACAGGAAGUGGAAAAUCAUCUCUAUUUCUCGCUCUUCUUCGACUGCUAGAUCCUUCGUCUGGCAAUAUCAUUAUCGAUGGAAUCUCUCUAUCUUCUCUUCCUCGAGAGACAAUCCGUAGUCGUCUCAUCACUCUGACGCAAGACCAGUUCGUCCUCCCCGGCACGGUUCGACACAACGUUGAUCCGCUUGGUGUCUACUCCGACGUCGAAAUCAAAGAAGUACUUCAUCUUGUUGAACUAAAUGAUGCGAUCGAACAACAUGGGGGCUUGGAUGCUUCGUUUAACCAAGACACGUUGAGCCACGGGCAGAAGCAGCUCUUCUUCCUGGCAAGGGCAGUCCUGAGGAAGAACGACGGGAGAAUCGUUCUUCUCGAUGAAGCAACGAGCAGGCAAACAGAAGAGACCAUCAAGGCCGUCAUCGAGAACGAGUUCAAACAUCACACCGUCGUGUUUAUCACCCACCGUCUGAAUACGAUCAUUGAUUUCGACCGCGUAAUUGUGAUGGACAAGGGAUGCGUCGUCGAGCUCGGUGAACCAAAGAGUCUGCUUGCAUCAGAUACCAAGUUCAAAGCUCUCUGGGCAACUGGACAUCGAUCUGGAGCAUGA